AUGGACCUUAAAUCCGACAACAAAUCAAUGUAUACGUCAGAAAGUGCCUCAGAUGUUUUGGAACUGGGUACAGAUCAGGCUGAAAUUGAAUCAGCCUGUAUCAGUUGCGGAGGAAAGGGAAUAACGAGAAUGCUUCUAACAAAGAUUCCACACUUUAAUGAUAUCGUUGUUAUGUCGUUUGAGUGUAAAGAAUGCCCAUACAAGGACAAUGAAAUACAGAACGCAGCAUCACUCAGAGAUUAUGGAGUCAAGUUUCAAAUUAAAGUUAACAAUUUAAGAGGCUUAAAUAAUCAAAUUGUAAUAUCGAACACAUCGUCUAUUAAACUAACCGAUAUUGACUUUGAGAUACCGAAAAUAGAUAGAAAGGGAAUAAUAACAACACUGGAAGGACUUAUCGUAAACGUAACGAACAAUCUCGACGAGCACAUAAGAUCAGUGUGUGAAGAGCUAGUGAGAAACGAUCACCUGAAAGUAGAGUUGAGCACAGGAGAGUUGAAACCGGCGAGCGAAUACAUAGGCCAAUUGACGCAAAUAAAGGAUAAAUUGCUGCAAUAUUCCCAGGGACAAGAGGAGUUCAACAUAGAGAUUGAUGAUCCCAGUGGUAAUAGUUACAUAGAGGAGAACGAGAACGUUAAAGUAGUAACAAGUAAAUAUACAAGAACAAAUCAGCAACUUAAGGAAAUGGGAUAUUUGUACAAUGAACAGCAACUAGAUAAGGAAGAAUCGCAAGCAGAAGCUGAAGUGAACAAGAGGAGAGAGUGGGAUCUGAAUAAAUCACUGGAAGAUGAAGAUGUUGAAAAGGAAAAUUUGUGUUUGACUGUGGAUUGUCCAAACUGCGGUAAGCAGGGGAUAAAUCAAAUAUGUCAAGUUGUGGUGCCAGGGUUCGGAAACUGUAUAAUCAUGUCGUUUAUAUGUGAAUUCUGCGGAUCGAAGACGAAUGAGUUGAAGCCGGGAGGAGGCUAUAAGGAUCACGGGAAACUGUGGAAGCUUAGGGUGGAAACCGAUAGAGACUUGAACAGAGACGUCAUAAUAUCGGAGACGGCCUCAAUAAGAAUAGAACAGCUGGAUUUUGAAAUGACGCCAGGAACCAUAGGGAGCGUGUUCACGAGCGUGGAAGGAAUAAUAAAGAAGAUAGUGGAAAGCUUAGAGUCCUCGUACCCAUUCCUUAUAGGAGACUCAGUCUCGAACACAAACACAGAAAUAAAGGAGAGAAUAGAAGAGUUGAACGCACUGACAGAAGGGUGUAAGUUUACGCUGCUGCUGGAUGAUCCAACGGACAAUUCAUUUAUAUCAUCACUGAACACAGUAUCAGAAACGGAAGUUGAUGAAUUGGGAGACAGUAAGGAAGGAGGUGUUAAAGAGAUAUCGCAAAAUAUGCGAAAGGAGAUGCAAGUGGACAGUAAUUUAAGCUAUGUAAUAUACGAAAGAACACACGAGCAAAAUGAAGAAUUGGGAUUAAAUGAUAUAAAUACUGAAGACUAUUGA